AUGCUUGGCCUCGCAGGUAGAAGAUCAGCGCUCACACGCUCAAAAUAUCUGGCGACUGCGCUGCCCGCUCGAGCUGCACUCGGAGCUCAACACUCGUACAUCAACAGUCAGGAUUUUCACUCCACGCCGGCGCAAGCUGAUUCCAGACCGACAUGGAUGCCCAUGCGAGUCAAGACGCCGUGGGUUGAUGCAUUGACCCAGGCCCGCGAGUCCCAGGAUUCUGGAGAGCAGAAGACGUCCGCGAAGACCAUUGAGCGUGACCUCUCGCCGAAGAAGAUGUCCGAUAGCUAUUACAGUGCUAUCCUACCUUUGGCCCAGGAUAAAUGGCUUCUGGAUUCUUACCUCAACUCAUCCGGUCAUAUCAGAUUGGGCUCACUGCUGAUGGACCUUGAUGCUCUGGCCGGCAUAGUUGCCUACCGUCACACGGGUGACGGAGUAUCCACGGUCACCGCAGCUUGUGAUCGAAUUACCAUUGAGAACCCGCUGAUGGAGAUCUGCGAUCUUGAGCUCAGUGGUCAAUGUACAUACUCUACAGGCCGAUCUAGUAUGGAGAUUUCCCUUCAGGUCACCAAGGCCCGUCCGGAAGGAGAGGAAGCAAAGCCCGAAGACGUGCUGAUCACUUGUGCUUUCACAAUGGUCUCCCUGGAUCCAGCUACCAAGACUCCCGUCCCUGUGGCCCCUCUCAUCGUCGAAACAGAAGAGGAAAAGAGGCUGUUCCAAAAGGGCGAAGAGAAUCACCAAGCCAAGAAAGCCCUUCGCACCCGCAGUCUCCUCGAAAAAGCCCCCGACGCCGAAGAGAGUAAUCUAAUCCACUCAAUGUGGACAAAAGAAAUGUCCUACCUAAAAUCCAAAACCCCCCGCCCCCAAAACCUAACCUUCAUGAGCGACACCGUCCUAAAAUCCGCCAUGAUCAUGCAACCCCAAUACCGCAACCGACACAACUUCAUGAUCUUCGGCGGUUUCCUACUCAAACAAACCUUCGAGCUAGCCUUCUGCUGCGCCGCCUCCUUCGCCCACGCGCGCCCCAACUUCGUCGCCCUGGACCCAAGCACCUUCGAGAACCCCGUGCCCGUCGGCAGCGUGCUGUAUCUGCGCGCGACGGUCGCUUACACGGAGCCCGCGCAGCGCGAGGGCGAUAGCACCAAGUACACGAAGGUGCAGGUGCGUGUUGACUCGAAGGUCAGGGAUGUCGAGCACGGGACGAAGAAGUCCACUGGUAUGUUUAAUUAUACUUUCUUGGUUGAGGGCGAUGUGCAGGUUAUGCCGAAGGGGUAUGGGGAGUUUAUGCUUUGGGCUGAUGCCAGGAGGAGGGCUUUGAGUGCUGCUGAGAUUGAUCCGGCACAUAAUGCUCUGCGGGGGAUGCAGGAUAGUGUUACUGAGUAG